UUUAGUAUAACUUUACUUGAAAAAAAAUGAGAGUUUUCGUGUGCUUCUUCGUUAUUUUCGUUGCCUUUUGUUUAGGCGAAACAGCCAGCAAAAAAUGCAAUACAAUGUGCCCAGCGAUUCACAGUCCAGUUUGCUGUACCUAUCCUGAUGGAUCUACUGAAUCCUAUAGCAAUUCUUGCGUAGCUUCAGUAGACAAUUGCCAACGAGGAACGAGUUGUGAUACUGUAGAACCUGGAAACUGCCCUGCAACUGAACCACAAUGUGGAGAAAUUUGUACAUACGAAUAUAAGCCAGUUUGUUGUACCUACCUAGAUGGAUCGACUGUAACUUAUAGCAAUUCUUGCGAAGCUUCAGUUGAUAGUUGCAAACGAGGAACUAGCUGCACUACCUUAGAAGAUGGAGAGUGUCCUACAGCCGGAACGGAAUGCAACGAUGCUUGUCCUUUUAACUAUGAACCAGUUUGUUGUACAUAUCCUGAUGGGUCUACUGUAACUUAUGGUAAUUCCUGUGAAGCUUCAGUUGAUAGUUGCAAACGAGGAACUAGUUGCACAAUCGUAGAAGAAGGAGAGUGUUCUACAACUGAACCACAGUGUAACGAUGUUUGUCCGUUUAAUUACGAACCAGUUUGUUGUACCUAUGCUGAUGGAAGUACUAAAACUUAUGGGAAUGAUUGCACAGCCUCAGUUGAUAAUUGCCAGCGCGGAACUAGUUGCGAGACUAUGGUGCCGGGAGAAUGUACUACAGAAGCUGAGCCAGAAGAUCCAGCAAUGUGCCCUCAAAUCGCAUGUACAGAACAAUAUGAUCCAAUUUGCUGCUACUAUGCUGAUGGAACUACCCGAACUUUCGGAAACUCCUGCGAAGCGUCAGUAACAAAUUGUCAGGAGAAGAAAAGUUGUACAUCAACUACAUCAGGAGAAUGCGAAAGUACAGCCUAGGCAGAUUGUACUGUUCUAAAUCCCAAACAUAAACCUUGAAAUACAAUAAGGCUACAGGCCUAUACCAAUAUUUGAAACUAUAUUCUUUCCCACAUCAAAAAUUUUAUUACCGGAAAAAAGUUACUAAAGUGGUUUGAUUAAACUGCAAUAAUCGAUGGGAUGAAAAUUAAAAUAAAAUAAAAUGAAAGCAACAAAAAAAAAUUUCAAUUCUUUUUGGCACAAGAAUUCUCAAUUUUCGCAUUUUAUUUUAUUUGCGAUAUUAUUCUUAUACACAUUUUUUUGCUUCGAUCUAAUUUUCGAACUCAAUUUAUUAUUUGAGAAUUGAGAAUUAUUUCUGAAUUUCAAUUGCAACACUGAGAAAAGAAAGAGGGUGCGAUUAACUUUUUUUCCUCAUAACUUUAACACUUUUUAGGUGUAAAAAUAUAUCAACAUUUUUUAAUGUUAAUUUUACACCUUUUUAAGGGUAAAAUUAACAUGAAAAAGGUUAACUUUCACCCCCAUUACACCUAAAAAGGGUAAUAUUUACACCGAUUUCAGAUCAAUACUGCAUAGUAAAAUUAACAUUUCCGGAAUGUUAUUUUAACUUUUUCGGAUUUCUCUCAGUGCAGAUUCGUAUUUAUAAUCUUUAAAAUGAUUUUUGGAAGGCCCUCUGUAAGUUUGCUUCAUUAGACAGUAUAAAGUCGUUAUUGCCAUCGCGGAAAUAUUUAAAGUCUCCUACAAAUUUGCAUAUCUCAAAUGAAAUUCUUACCGAAUAAUUGCCGAUAAAUUGAUUAACUUACAAAAGCUACCCCACUCAAUUUUAUUUUAGCUUGUGAAUCUACAACAGAGGGAGAAUGCGGAGAUACCGUCGAUGCACGCAAAGCAGACUACAUAACACUUCCUAACAUAUACCCGGAAAUGAAGUAAUACCUAUCCUGAAAGCUGAAGCUGUUUUUACAACUUCAUCUAAAAUCUUUUCGCCAUUGUAAAACUUAAUGAAAGGGAUAAAAAAGCUGAAAAUUCAGCAUGAAAUGAAAUAAAAAUAAAAUGCAAUGAAAAGGAAAA